AUGAAUGAGCUGAAUUCCAAGAUUGAACAAAACACUCACAUGAGAGACAAAGCGAUCCAACUAAGAGGAAUGCUAGAGGAUCACAAUGCACAAAAGCAAUGCGACACCCAGAUCAAGGAGUCCGAGCGUUACAUCAGCUACUUUUCUGCUGAGCUACGACGCAUUAAACAUCGGAGCUUCAGCCGACCAGCCCAAAGCCAGAUUCAAGCCAUGCUAUCCAAACGCGCGUCAGGCGGAUCCAUUCCUACUAGCUCUCUUACGCAUAAUUUUUCUAAUCGAUCAAUUCACUCUGAGGGGGUCGACAGCCAGAAAGAUGAUACAGAUAGUGAUACUUCCUCCAUUGCAUUAAAUACGGUUGUAUCCGAAGAAAUGAAUAAGCUUGAUAUCAAUGACUUAGAUGAAGAUACUUUAGCAAUGAAAAAUGAAGAACAUGAUAAAAAGAAAUAUACAAAUAUAGAAAAAUUCAUUUCUACUGCUAAAAAGACAACAACAACAACAACAGAUUUAUUACAAGCAGAGACACCGAUUAAUCGGGCCAAAGUGUGCCUGAAAUUACACGAACUAGAGUAUAAAGUUGAUGUAGAAAAAAAGGUUCAGGACGGUAUACGCAAUCUCGCCUUGACCCUCGAUUCUGCCACCGACCGUAAACGCAAGUCAGAAAUUCUUGAAAAACAAAAUGAGAGUCAUGAAAAGAUGGGACUUUUAUCCAAUGCAGUUCGUAAAUACAAGAACCUUUAUUUAGGGGACGAGGAUGAUGUUGAUCUUUCCCCGAUUCGUGCGGUUCCUGGAACACGCCGCCCGAUCACUGGUACUCUCCAACUCAAGGUCAUCGAGGCGCGCGAAUUGACCCAUGCACCCACUAGGAUGUUCAAAAUAGCUCAUACAGCAGUUGAAAUCAAAGUAGACGGUGCUGCUCAAGCCCACACCAAACUUUCUCGCAACAGCCGCUGGUCAGAAUCAUUUGAAUUGCAUGUCGACAAGGCCACAGAGAUUGAAUUAGUAAUCUAUGAUAAAUCGGGAGAUCGUACACUUCCUAUAGGUUUAUUAUGGCUCAAAAUAUCUGAUAUUGCGGAACAUUUACGUAAGCAAAAAUUGGCACAGGAGCAAGACCUGCAGUGGGUAUCUGCAGAUAUUGCACAGCAGCAGCAAGAGUCUCAACAGCCACAGCAAUCCCAGGAGUCUCAAAGCGCAGUACAACAUUGUACAAAGGACUCCCCGAACGAUUACUCCAAAAACAUCUCUGCUUGGUUUGAUGUGGAACCAAUCGGUCGUUUACUUUUAGAUAUCCAGUUUGUGCGUGAAAACACGGCUUUACGACCAAGGGAUAAAUUAGAGCGUGCAGGGGCAGUGCGAGAAAGGAAGGGCGAGGUGCAUGAGAUGAAUGGCCAUUUAUUUGUAGCAAGAAGAUAUUACCAUAUUAUGAAAUGUGCCUUAUGUAACGAUUUCAUGGCUAAGCUUGUUUUCCAAUGUGAAGAUUGCGGGCUAGCCUGCCACACAAAAUGUUACUCUCAGAUUGUCACCAAAUGUAGUCGCCAAGCUUUGAAAACGACUAAACGGGAUCAGGGCUCGGAAGAGCUGAGACACCAUAUACCCCAUCGCUUUGACUCUCUCGCUAUUAUCAAAGCUAAUUGGUGCUGUCACUGCGGUUUCUUGUUACCCAUCGGUUUUAGAGGUGCAAAACGAUGUGAAGAAUGUGGCGUUACUUGUCACAAGAAAUGCGCCCCUCUUGUUCCUGCCUUUUGUGGAUUACCCAUGAAAAAGGCUAAUAAGAUGCUGAGCGAGAUGAAGGUUGUUAAUCAGCGUCGGACACCGCACCCUAACAGUAAAACACAAUCUGCAAUCGAAGGACAACAGACCUACAGCAAAGCAAGUAAUGCUUAUCACACCAAUGGUAGUGGAAGUACCAGCAGCAGUAGUAGUAGUGCAACAACUACCAGUAACAAUAGACAUUCUUUCAACUCGGGAUUGGGUCUUCCCCCUCCCCCACUUUCCUCUUCAUCUACUCCCACGACAUCCACAAGUACCGGUAAAAAUACUCAAUCCUUGGGUUAUUCCAAAGGGAUAUUAUCAUUUCAAUCCAUACCAGAAGCUGUCCGAUCCUCAACUAUUACAAGACCCAAUGCGUCAAAUCCCGGAAGAACUUCCCAGCUUAUGUUUGUCAAGAAAACACCGGUUCAUACUAACAAAAAAGUUAGUUUGGGGGAUUUCAACUUUCUGGCUGUUUUGGGAAAAGGAAACUUUGGAAAGGUUAUGUUGGCAGAAGAGAAAUAUACAAGUGAACUAUACGCUAUAAAGGUGCUUAAAAAGAGAUUUGUUCUUGACAAUGAAGAAGUGGCAAGUACAAAAUCUGAAAAGAGUGUAUUUCAAACCGCCAACCAGGGACGACACCCAUUCCUGGCCAAUCUACACUCGACAUUCCAGACUGAGACUCGAGUUUAUUUUGUUAUGGAGUACAUUAGUGGUGGUGACUUGAUGAUGCAAAUUCAACGCGAGAAGUUUUCCGAGAAAAGAGCCAAAUUCUAUGCGUGCGAAGUAUUGCUGGCGCUAGAAUUUUUGCACAAGCACGGUAUUAUAUAUCGAGAUUUGAAACUGGAUAAUAUUAUGCUGUGCUUGGAUGGACAUAUCAAAUUAGUUGACUAUGGCCUGUGCAAAGAGAACAUGUGGGCUGAUUCGACCACAAAGACUUUUUGUGGUACCCCAGAAUUUAUGGCACCGGAGAUCAUUCUUGACCUGCCCUAUGGGCGAGCAGUUGACUGGUGGACAUUGGGUGUCCUGUUGUACGAGAUGCUGCUGGGACAGUCCCCAUUCAAAGGUGAAGAUGAAGAUGAAAUAUUUGAUGCCGUUCUAGAAGAUGAGAUUCUCUAUCCAAUCAAUAUGUCUAGAAAUUCGGUUUCUAUUUGUCAAAAGUUAUUGCAAAGAACUUCCGCAAAAAGAUUGGGUAGUGGAAAGGGCGAUGGACAAGAAGUAAAGGCCCACCCAUUUUUUGAGGGUGUUAACUGGGAAGACAUGCUGGCUAAAAAAGUAACACCGCCUUUCCUGCCGUCCGUGCGAGGAAGAGCGGAUACAUCUAAUUUUGACGAUGAUUUUACGAGGGAAAUUCCAAUUCUUACUCCUUUAAGCACUAGAGUUUUGCCUGAAGAGCAGCAGAAAUUUAAGGACUUUUCUUACAUAGCGGAUUGGGUCUUGGAAGGAUAG